AAGAGGACAUACAUUUCCCCCAAUUUGAUUGAUAUCUAAGUGAGCAAAAAUCAUCAACCGAAGCGAGGCAUUGGGUAAACAGAAAGAGGAAGAAGGAGGAGGAGGAUUUCUUUCCUUCUUUGUUAGUUCUUUUUCUUCGCUCUUUCUUGUUCUAAUCAACCUCAUCAGUAUCGUAUUCCAAUCCAUGAGGAAACUGUGUCCAAAUCUUGACGAUGCGGAAGGGUUGGAGACGGUGCUGGAGGUCCCCAUUCCAGAGGAGAUGCUCACCGCUUUGGGCAGCAAUGGCUUCAAUCGCUGGCAUACACUCCGAGCUCUCAUGAAUUCUCCCUCUUCUGAUAUGUCUUCCCAUCUCUCUGCUCCUUCUUACAAUGAAUUCAUGGUUUUGCUUAAGCUCGUUGGUGCCCCUCUUAUUCCUCUCCCCGUUCAAUCCGAUAACACUCUCACUCGCCCCCUCAAAGAUUGUUCCAUCAGAGAUUCCACGGCAAAAUACAUAGUUCAGCAGUAUGUUGCUGCCACUGGAGGACAUUCCGCAUUGAACUCAGUGAAAAGUAUGUAUGCAAUGGGGCAAGUGCGAAUAUGUGGGUCGGAGAUGCGUCCCGACGAAGAAAUCUUUCACCCAACAGGCAGGCGUGAAGCCGGAGGCUUUGUGCUCUGGCAAAAGAACCCAGAUUUGUGGUGCAUAGAAUUGGUUGUUUCUGGUUUCAAGGUUAGUGCAGGCAGUGAUGGCAAGCUAGCGUGGAACCAGUCUUCCUCUCAACCUUUUCAGGCCAACAAAGGCCCUCCAAGACCCCUUCGCCGCUUCUUUCAGGGGCUGGACCCAAGGUGUAUAGCUAACUUGUUCCUAGACGCUGAAUGUGUAGGAGAGAACACCAUUAACGACGAAGUUUGUUUCAUUCUCAAGUUGCAAACAGACCAACAAAUCCUCCAAGCACAAUGCACAUCCCACACAGAAAUCGUAAUGCACUCAGUGUUGGGAUACUUCAGCCAACGCACGGGGCUGCUUGUGAAAUUUGAGGACACCAAGUUGGUGAAAAUGAAACCAGUCAAAGGAAAAGAGUCUGUGUUUUGGGAAACAACCAUAGAGUCUACCAUUGAAGAUUAUAGAUACGUUGAUGGCAUUAACAUUGCACAUGGAGGGAAGACAAUUGCAACACUUCAUAGGUAUGGUGCAGCACACCAUCACAAGAGGAUGAUUGAGGAGGUAUGGACCAUUGAAGAGGUUGAUUUUAACGUAAUUGGUUUGUCCAAUGAUUGCUUUUUGCCACCCUCUGAUAUUGACAGAGAACAUGAUGGUGCAGAUAACAUGAAUUAGGAUUUUGAUGAAUAUAGGAAACUGUAGAUAGUACAUAGACAAGUAUAGAGGAAAUAUAUGAAGUGUGUUUCAUGCUUUUUUCUAUGCUUGGGAAGUUCCGUGAUUCAUUUCUUCACGGGAACUUUGUAUGAGAGGAAAAAACAAGUGUAUCCUGCUUGAAAAUGUUUCAGUUGGGUUCACGAUAUUUUUU